AGGUAACCAUCCACACGACUAUACCAGCCAUCUGGAUCUCACUGGGUCACACACGCCCAAAAUCGGACACCGAAUAGUGUACUACGAGAAGCCAAGAAUGAACAACAUCCUGACAUCUCAGACAGAGCCGUACGACCUGUCGUUCUCCCGGUCCUUCCAGAACCUCACGCACCUCCCACCGUCCUACGAGAUGGCCAUGAAAGUAGACUUAAGCGGUAAGGAUGACGAGUACUACAUCCGAAAGCACCAUUUACCCGAUCCGACGCCUCGCGGCGGCAACCUGCAGACACACAUGAUCAAGCUGAACGUGGAUCCACCGGCGCAGCGCCAGAAGCCCAAACGCGUGCAGCGCGCCAUGUCCCAGGACCAAGUGCUCUCGCCCGCACACUCCAAACCGCACCGGGACUACGGCCUAACAUCGUACAGCGGCGGUGCAGGCGGUCUGUCCCCGUACCACGGACGCAUCCUCUCCGAGGAGCAGCUGCUGUCAGCUGACCGACUGCACUCCCAGGACCCGCUGCUCUCACCGGAUAAGAUGUUGUCCUUGCGGCGCUCCGAUUUCCGGGAGAAGGCCAUGUCGCGGGCGCUGUCACAUACGGACAUGUUCGUGCCGACCACACCGGUCAUGGACCGGCACUACAAAAUGAUGAAGAUGCAUUCGCACCCCAGCAGCAGCAACAACGAGUCCUACAACACACUGACUGUGAACAGCGCGCAGGUGGGCAACAAAAGGCAGGCAUUCGCCAGCCGCCGCAUGCAUACAGUGGACCACCUGCAGUAUAUACCUGGACAUCACCAUCAUCAGUACAGAACCGCCAGCAAGACUGAAGUAACUGUCUGAGAGAGCGAGACGGGAGAGAGCGAAUGAUGUCAACAAACAAUCCAACUGGAGGAAUUUGCAGCGGUGUCCCACUUCAACAGGUUUCUUUUUUUAAGCGUCCCACCUUGACCCGUUCCCGCUUCCAGCGCAAGCUUUCCACUCCAUCAAUUCCGGGUCGGCUUGGGAAGGAUCCAGACUUUCUUCUCGCACGUAGAGCAAACGCAAGGGCUU